AUGGCUUUAGAACAAUCAUUAGCAGCAUUAUCAUUAGCGACUGUUUCUUCAGAAUCCGCAGUUCCUACCAAAACGUUGGUUUUCAAGCCUAAAACGGCUAAGACCGCCACACCAGUUCCAGUGGUUGUCUUCGCUUUGCAGACCACUCAGACACCAUCUCCUGCUAUUGCUAAGGCGGCUGGCGUCAAGGAACCUAGAUUGGCUAAAGACGACUUGGUAAGCGAAUUUUUCAGUGUUUCAGCUAAAGAAGUGUCGAUUGCGAACUUACACAAGGAUUUGGCUGGAAAGAUUAAGCUCGUAGUUGAUGAGAACAUCACCAAGGCUUCAGAUGAUACAGUUUUAGAGUUAUCUACAGCUUCGUCCAAGGCUAGCAUUUCUGCAAAGGUUCUUAACGAAUAUCUUGUUUCUACUGGCAUUGAGGUGGUUUCUGUUGCUUUUUCAGCCGAACCAGCUCCAGCAGCAGACACAUCCAAGAAAGAUGCUUUGAAGAAGGAAAAACAAGCAGCCAAGCUUGAAGAUGCGAAAUUGAUUGGUAUUACCGUGGAUAAGGCCAAGGACUUCUCAUCUUGGUAUUCCCAAGUUGUCACCAAGGGUGAAAUGUUGGAUUACUAUGAUGUGUCUGGUUGUUAUAUUUUAAGACCAAACUCUUACUCUGUUUGGGAAACCAUUCAAGAAUGGUUUAACUCUCGUAUCAAGAAAAUGGGAGUGCAAAAUUCAUACUUCCCAAUGUUCGUCUCUUCUAGGGUCUUAGAGAAGGAAAAAGAUCAUAUUGAAGGGUUUGCUCCAGAAGUCGCUUGGGUUACUCGUGCUGGUAACUCCGAAUUAGAUGAACACAUUGCUAUUAGACCAACUUCAGAAACUGUUAUGUAUCCAUACUAUGCUAAAUGGAUUAGAUCUCACAGAGACUUGCCAUUGAAGUUGAAUCAAUGGAACUCUGUUGUUAGAUGGGAAUUCAAACACCCACAACCAUUUUUGAGAACUCGUGAAUUCUUAUGGCAAGAAGGUCACACCGCUCAUUUGACUAAGGAAGGUGCUGCUGAAGAAGUUGAACAGAUUUUGGAUUUAUACACCGGUAUCUACGAAGAAUUGUUGGCUGUUCCUGUUGUUAAAGGUAAGAAGACCGAAAACGAAAAGUUUGCUGGUGGUGAUUAUACUACUACUUGUGAAGGUUUUAUUGCUGCUACUGGUAGAGGUAUUCAAGGUGCUACUUCCCAUCAUUUAGGAACCAACUUUUCUAAGAUGUUCAACAUUUCAGUCGAAAAUCCAGAAGGUGCUGAUAAGCCAAGAGUGCACGCUUUCCAAAACUCCUGGGGUUUGUCUACUCGUGUCAUUGGUGUUAUGGUUAUGACUCAUUCUGACAACAAGGGUUUAGUUUUACCUCCUCGUGUUGCUCAAACACAAGUUGUAGUUAUUCCUGUUGGUUUAACUGCUAAGACCACUGAUGAUCAAAGAAAGGCCAUCAAUGAUGGUGCCGCUCAUAUCGAAAAUGUCUUAAAGCAAACCGAUGUCAGAGUUACUGGUGAUUACAGGGAUAACUAUUCUCCUGGCUGGAAAUUCUCAGACUGGGAAUUGAAGGGUACCCCAUUACGUUUAGAGUUCGGUCCUAAAGAUUUAGCUUCUGAGCAAGUCACCGCUGUUAGACGUGAUAACAACCAGAAGUAUUCUGUUAAAUUAAAUGAAUUAGAGAAACGCAUUCCAGAAAUUUUGCAAGAAAUGCAAGUUGGUUUAUUAGAAAAGGCCCGUAAAGAUUUCGAUGAACACCGUGUCUUUGUCCACGACUGGAAGGACUUUGUUCCAACAUUAAAUGCUAAGAACGUCAUUGUUUCUCCUUGGUGUGGUGAUGCUGACUGUGAAGACGACAUUAAGGAUUCCUCUGCUAAGAAGGACGAUGGUGAAGAAGAGGAGGUUGACGAAAAAUCGCCAUCAAUGGGUGCAAAAUCCUUGUGUAUUCCAUACGACCAACCAGAAUUAAAGUCCGGCCAAAAGUGUGUUAAAUGUGACAAGCCUGCUGUGACUUAUUGUAUGUUCGGUAGAUCAUAUUAG